AUGGAAAAUCAAACCACAGUGACUGAAUUUAUUCUCCUGAGAGUUUCCAAUGAGCCACAUAUGCAGAUUUUCUUCUUCCUGGUGUUUUUAGUUAUUUACCUAAUCACACUGAUUGCGAACAUGAUGAUCAUGUUGGUGAUAAGAGCUGAUUCUCACCUUCACACCCCCAUGUAUUUCUUCCUAUUCCAUCUAUCCUUUGUUGAUAUCUGUUAUUCCUCAGUCACGGUGCCUAAAAUGCUGAUAAAUUUCCUGUCAGAUCACAAAACUAUUUCUGUCAAUGGCUGUAUUACCCAGAUGUUCUUCAUCCUCCUCUCAGCUGGUACAGAAGUUUUCAUUCUCUCAGCAAUGGCUUAUGACCGCUAUGCUGCCAUCUGUGACCCAUUGCAUUACAUUGAGACAAUGAACAAAGGCAUCUGUGUUCAGCUGGUGAGUGGUGCAUGGGUAAUGGGCUUCUUAGAUGUCCUGGUUAACACUGUUUUUGCCCUCAAGUUGCGUUUCUGUGGGCCCAAUCAAAUCAACCAUUUCAGCUGUGAGCUCCCUCCUCUAUUACAACUGUCCUGCGCUGAGACCCUCACUAAUCAAGUGGUGCUUCUUACUUCUGCUGUGGUAUUUGGAUCAAGCUCCUUCCUCCUCAUCCUCAUCUCCUACAUUCACAUCAUUUCCACCAUCCUGAGGAUUCGCUCUGUGGAGGGCAAGCUUAAAGCCUUCUCCACCUGCAGCUCCCACCUGAUUGUGGUUGGCUUGUUGUACCUCACAGCUUUUUUCCAGUACACAAAGCCCAGCUCAGUCUCCUCUGUGCUUCUGGAGGAAAUGGUCUCCAUCCAGUACAGCAUCUUGACCCCUAUGUUAAAUCCCAUCAUCUACAGCGUGAAAAACAAAGAGGUGAAAACAGCUGUAGCAAAAAUAUUGGGGAAAUUCAAAUUUCUCAAGUAG